GAACGCUUAAAUGAACUAGCGAAUCGAGCAUAUUUACCAUUGUUGUGGAGGGCUUCGCUGAAUUCACGUCGAUAAUUUCUCGCUUAUACUGUCUUUUUUUCAAUUGAUGUAAAUGGUUCAGAACCAAUUCGAUCAACGAAGAACCUGAAGCGAUCUCAAAUCUGUACGACCGAAAGGUUAGUAAAGAGGUGGGUUCGCCUUCCACUGCUCUUAGGACAAUUGAAUAUUGGAUGCUAAAUUUAACUCAAAUAACUCAUUGAUCUUAAAGUUGACAUUUGUUUGACGUGAUGGAUGGCGAGGCAGUUCAGAUGAACGGGGUUGAAUCUAAGAAAAGAGGCAGCAACCAUGAUUACUCCGUAGAUAUAGGCGGAGAAGAUGGGCAGAGUGAGACUAAGACCGCACAGGGGUGGCGAGCCUACCUUAAGGCUGAAAAUAUCCUCUUGUGCCUGCUAAUCACCUCGGUCGUCCUUGGGUUCGCGGUUGGCUACGUGCUGAGUGUCUCUGUUGAGUUGACGGACGAACAGAUCGACUACGUUAGCUUUCCCGGUAAACUCUUCAUGAACAUGUUGAAGAUGAUGAUCAUCCCACUGAUCGUGUCAAGCUUGAUUGCAUCGUUGGCUUCUCUAGACUCAGCCAUGUCAGGGAAGCUGGGCUACCGUGCUGUCAUCUACUACAUGGCAACCACUCUGCUAGCUGUGGCACUUGGUAUCCUUCUGGUACUUGUCAUCAACCCAGGGGGAAGGUCUAACAACGAGGUAGAUCCAAAUAAGAACAAAGAAGAAGUCAACAUCGUCUACGCCAUCUUGGAUCUUAUUCUGUAA